CGCGCGCGCCCGGGAGGGACAAAAUGGCGGCCCCGAGCCCUCAGGGGCCCCUCGUCCUUCAUCCCACCCCUGCGGAAGGCGAACGCUGUUAUUAUUCUCUCUCCAGAGCCGCCUUGCAACCCACUCUUGAUUUGCUCUUUAAUUUAGACCGCUGUUCGCUUCCUCUCGCCUGUAACAAUAACUCUGCUCUUCGGGCCUAGCGUCCAGGUGGCUCGGGCUCGCCUCUAAUUUAGACUUGAUAAUCAGAGGCAACCCCUUCGCUUUGUGAAACCUGCAGCAGAUAUCUCUCAAAGCUUAUCGUUUGGGAAAGAUCUCACUGUCCGGAUGAGUUUUUAUUAAUGUCGAAAUAGAUGACUUGCUAAGCUUCACGUUUGUGAUGCACAUUUGUAGUUGCUUUUUUUUUUUUUUUUUUUUUUUUUUUUACUGCAUACUGCAUCAGCCUUGUUUUCCUUUGACGUCUUCAAUUAGGGUCAGUACUGUAUUUUGGGGAUUUUUUUUCAGCAUAAUUCAAAUAUUUUGCUGCAGCAUCGGAGGGAGUUGUGGAGGUGAUAAGUUCUUAAAUUUUAGACUGGACGGGGUAAGAAAUAUUAGAGAACGUAGUAAUACUGAGUGAUGUCUUUCUUAGAAUAUAGCUUUGUCUUAUUAAUCCACUAUAAGAAGCCGUCAUAUCUGAGUGUUUCUACUUCAAGGUUAAUGUUGAAGAAGGAAAAUGCGGAAGUCGCCAUUUGACAAGUUUUAUAAAUGAGAAUUAUUUGAAGCUCAGGAAUAAGUGAAGCUGAAAUUUGAAAAAAAAGAAAGUGAAUGCAUGCUAAUUAUCAGACCAGAAGUCCCACUUAUAGAAUAUUGAGCAAUUUGUGUGAAGUGGGGAAGAUGAAAGAAGUCAGAAUUUGAAACGGAAGAAUGAAGAAAAGGAAUAAAAAUGAAGUUAAGAUAAGAAGUAAUCUGGAAUCUGAAAGCACUACGCUAAGUAAUUACUAGUCUGUUUAUGUGUCCCUGUAUAUUUUGCUAAACAUGCAUGCAUUAUCUGUUUAAUAGCAAAAGUACAUGCAGGGUAAAGAAGUGUCUACCAGGGAAAAAAAAAAAACCUCCUUAAAAAUCUAGGCAGUGCUAAUGCCGACUGCCCGGACACAUAGCUAUGAAUAUUUACCAUUUAUUUCACUGGAGCUUGUUUACAGCCCGUAGGUGAACAAGGAAUUGUGUACAAAUUAGGCUUUCAAUAUCUGCGUGCAGGAAUCCCGUUCUGCUUCCAGAAGCGGAAGUGCUCAUGGGUCUGGCAAGUCGGGGAGGCACACCCCUGCAAGAUCUCGCUCUAAGGAGGAUUCCAGGCGCUCCAGGUCAAAAUCUAGAUCCAGGUCUGAAUCCAGGUCUAGAUCAAGGAGGAGUUCCCGCAGACACUACACCAGGUCCCGCUCCCGGUCCCGCUCCCACAGGAGAUCCAGAAGCAGGUCGUACAGUCGGGACUACCGGCGACGGCACAGUCACAGCCAUUCCCCCAUGUCUACUCGGAGGCGUCACAUUGGGAACAGGGCAAAUCCUGAUCCAAACUGUUGUCUUGGAGUGUUUGGGCUGAGUCUGUACACUACAGAACGAGACCUGCGAGAGGUUUUCUCCAAGUAUGGGCCCAUUGCCGACGUUUCCAUCGUGUACGAUCAGCAGUCACGGCGCUCCCGAGGGUUUGCAUUCGUCUACUUCGAGAACGUCGAGGAUGCCAAGGAGGCAAAGGAACGUGCCAAUGGAAUGGAGCUGGAUGGAAGAAGGAUCCGGGUAGACUUUUCCAUAACAAAAAGACCUCACACACCAACCCCUGGAAUCUAUAUGGGAAGACCCACUUAUGGCAGCUCACGGCGGCGAGAUUACUAUGACAGAGGCUAUGACAGAGGCUACGAUGACCGUGAUUAUUACAGCAGGUCAUACAGAGGAGGAGGUGGUGGCGGCGGAGGAGGCUGGAGAGCUGUUCAGGACAGGGAUCAGUUUUACAGGAGGAGGUCACCGUCCCCAUACUACAGCCGAGGGGGCUACAGAUCCCGGUCCAGAUCCCGAUCCUACUCACCUCGUCGCUAUUAAAGCAUGACACAUAGAGGAAUUUCUAGCUACAGCCUUUGAGUUGAAAUUGCAAGUUUGUGGACAAUAUUUUUUUAUUGUCUCUUCUGUUUAACCAAGUGACAGUGCCUAGUGAAUUAGGUGACUUUUACACCUUUUAUGAAGACAACUUCUGUGGUGUUCAAUGCUGUUUCAUUCUGCAUAUUUGUGUAGUUUGGUGCUUUGUUUCCAGGUGUGUUUUGAAAGGAGUAUGUUUUGCAUGUAUUUUUUUAGUCUCCAUUUUGAUUCCUGAGAGGUUUCUAUUGUAAAGACACAAACUGUUGAGUUAGUUUUUUCUACUGAUUCCAAGUUAUUCCCAAGAUACAAACCUGUGUAAAAUGCUUUCUGAAAGUGAGACAAGAAAAUAAAAUAAAAAGAUGUU